AUGUAUGAUCAACAGAAAAUAAAAAUAAAAAAUUAUUCAUCACGUAUUCCACAAUGGAAAAAAAUCGAUCAAGAAAUUCAACAACUUGCACGACAAUAUAAACAGAUUGAUCCAGGAUCUAUUCAAACCUUCAAUGAUUUUCCAUUAAGUCGAAAAACUCUUGAUGGUCUAGAAAAAGCUGGUUUUAUAAAUCCAACUGAUAUUCAAAGAGAAGCUAUUGGAGUUGCAUUACAAGGCCAUGAUAUUCUUGGAGCAGCAAUGACGGGCUCAGGAAAAACUCUUGCAUUUCUCAUUCCAGUUCUUGAAUGUUUAUAUCGAGUUCGAUGGACAAUGAAUGAUGGACUUGGUAUUUUAAUCAUAUCACCUACUCGUGAAUUAGCUUAUCAAACAUUUGAAGUGUUGAAAAAGAUAGGACAAUUUCAUGAUUUUUCUGCUGGAUUGAUUAUUGGUGGAAAAGAUUUAAAAGGUGAACAAGAACGUAUAAAUCGUACAAAUAUUAUUGUAUGUACACCCGGUCGUCUAUUACAACAUUUUGAUGAAACAUGGAAUUUUUCAUGUGAAAAUUUAAAAAUGCUUAUUAUUGAUGAAGCUGAUCGUACAUUAGAUAUGGGUUUUGCUGAAACAAUGCGUUCAAUUGUAUCGAAUUUACCUCAUCAACGACAAACAAUGUUAUUUUCUGCUACACAAACAAGAUCAAUUCGUGAAUUAGCAUUAGUCAGUUUAGAAAAACCAGUUUAUGUAUCUGUUCAUGAGAAAUCAAAUACAAGCACACCAACAAAUCUUACACAAAGUUAUAUUGUUUGUGAAGUACCACAAAAGAUUAGUUUAAUUUGGUCAUUUAUUAAAAAUCAUCUCAAAUCAAAGAUUAUCAUCUUUAUACAAAGUUGUAAACAGGUGAAAUUUCUCUAUAAUAUCGUGUGUAAACUUCGUCCUGGUUUACCAGUACUUGCUCUAUAUGGUACAAUGGGUCAAAUGAAACGAAUGUCAGUUUAUGAUGAAUUUUGUCGAAAACAACAUGCAUGUUUAUUUGCUACUGAUAUUGCUGCGAGAGGAUUAGACUUUCCAUCUAUAAAUUGGGUUGUUCAAUUUGAUUGUCCACCAGAUGCUAAUACAUAUAUUCAUCGAGUUGGACGAACUGCACGAUUUCAACAAGGUGGAGAAGCUUUAUUAAUUCUAACAGCUCGUGAAGAACAAGGAAUGAUUAAACAGUUAGAAGAUAAAAAAGUUCCAGUAAAAAAAAUCGAAGUAAAUGCAAAUUAUAUUCAUGAUUUAACACCAAAACUUCAAUCACUCUGUGCACAAUUUACAGAACUUAAAGAAGAAGCAAAACGAGCAUUUACUUCUUAUCUUCGUUCACUUAUUCUUAUGGGUAAUCGAAAAGUUUUUGAUGUUCAAACAAUUGAUACAGAUGCUUUUGCUACUUCAUUAGGACUUGAAAUUGCUCCAAAAGUUCGUUUUAUGAAAAAAGGACAAAAACAAGAACAAUCAAAUGGUGAUGAUGAUAAUAAAUCAUCUAUUGAAAACAACGAGAAUAUGGAAAAUGGGGAUCAUAAAAAUAUUAAUGACGAUGAAAAUGAUGAAGAUGAUGAUAACGAUUGGUUUACAGUUAAAAAGAAGUCUGAUACACUCGAAGGAAUAAAUGUUGAUUUACCAACUCCAUCACAAAAAGAAAAGAAACUAACUAAAGCUAAAUUAGCUAAAAAAUUACGAAAAAAAAAUCUUCUUAUUAAUAAACGUAUUGAAUAUGAUGAUGAAGGAAAUCCGAUUAUUCAUUCGGAUGAUGAAGAUCAAUCAGCAACAUAUAAUAUCGAGGAAGCAAAAGUUCGUCUUCAACAAAUGGACAAAACAGAUAAAGAAGCCUAUCGUGCAUUAGUCAAACAAAAGCAUAAAAUGUCGGAUUUAACAACAACGACAAGUGAGAGCCAAAAAAGUUUGAAUAUGUCUGAGGUUACGAAUAUACCACAACCAUCACUCAUUGAACAACAACAAUCAACAAUACCACCACCGCAACAACAACAUCCACCCUUACAACAACAACAAUCAAAUAAAACAACUCGUACUACAUCGUCACAAAAUGGACCCAGUAUGAAAGAUCAAUCAUCAUCAUCAUUCGCUAUAUCACGUGAUGAUCGAACAAAAUAUCGAUCACCAUUAGUAUCUCGUUAUGCAUCCGUUGAAAUGAGUUACAAUUUUAGUGAAAUGAAAAAAUUUUCUACAUGGCGACGUCUUUGGUUUUGGUUAGCUCAAUGCCAAAAACAACUUGGUUUGGAUAUUACUGAUGAACAAUUAGAUGAAAUGGAAAGAAAUUUAACAAAUAUUGAUUUCGAUAUAGCUGAAGCAGAAGAACGUCGACGACGGCAUGAUGUUAUGGCACAUGUACAUACAUUUGCUCGUUGUUGUCCAAAAGCUUCACCAAUUAUUCAUCUUGGUGCAACGUCUACUUUUGUUGGUGAUAAUGCUGAUUUAAUCGUUAUGAGAGAUGCAUUUGAUAUAAUUAUUAGUAAACUUGCUCGAUGUAUUCAACGUUUAACUCAAUUUGCCCAAGAAUAUGCGUGUUUACCAACACUUGGUUAUACACAUAUGCAACCAGCACAAUUAACAACUGUUGGUAAACGAGCAUGUAUUUGGAUCCAAGAUCUAUUAAUGGAUUUAAAAAAUUUUGAUCGUGUGAAAAGACAAUUAAAAUUUCGUGGUAUUAAAGGAACAACUGGUACUCAAGCAUCCUUUCUUCAGUUAUUCAAUGGUGAUCACUCAAAAGUUGAAGACCUUGAUCGAAUGGUUACUGAAAUGGCGGGAUUUAGAAAAGCAUUUAUUAUUUGUGGUCAGACUUAUACUCGUAAACUCGAUGUUGAAGUAGUUAAUGUUCUUGCUAGUUUUGGCGGUUCAAUUCAUAAGAUGUGUACCGAUAUUCGUCUAUUAGCUAGUUUGAAAGAAAUUGAAGAACCAUUUGAAAUCGAACAAAUUGGAUCAAGUGCUAUGCCAUAUAAACGUAAUCCCAUGAGAUGUGAACGAUGUUGUUCAUUUGCACGUCAUUUAAUGACGUUAAUUAACGAUCCACUUGGCACACAUUCAGUUCAAUGGAUGGAAAGAACAUUAGAUGAUAGUGCUAAUAAACGUAUUUGCAUUCCUGAAGCUUUUCUGACUGCUGAUAUUAUUUUAUUUACAUUACAAAAUAUUUCCGAGGGUCUUGUCGUUUAUCCUAAAGUUAUUGACAAGCAUAUUAAACAAGAAUUACCAUUUAUGGCUACCGAAAAUAUUAUCAUGGCUAUGGUUUCGGCUGGUGGUAAUCGACAGGAAUGUCAUGAAAAAAUUCGUACAUUAUCACAAAAAUCCGCUGAACGUGUUAAACUCGAAGGUUUAGAUAAUGAUCUUGUUGAACGUGUAAAAAAUGAUCCAUAUUUUGCACCAAUUAUAAACAAACUUGAUGUUCUUCUUGAUGCUAAAACAUUUAUUGGUCGUGCACCUGAACAAGUUUAUGAAUUUAUUUCGCGUGAAGUUGAACCAACUUUAAAGAAUUUUUUAAUUAUACCAAAAUCAGUUGAUUUAGCUGUUUGA